UAUGCUGUUUAUCCAUUCUUGUAUCUGGUCUUUGCUUUCUCAUUUGUUCCUGUAACCAGUUUAUGGCGAUUCAUGACAAGUGUACUUUUGAUACCAAACAAAAACAAUUAUUGUCAGGAAACAGGAAAAAAACAAAAUGUCUUAAGAGUCAUUGAAGUCCUUGUGCCAUUGAGUGAAAACUGUUCUUUUUUUUUAAUGCUCCCUGCUGAUGUCUUGUUGUGAGAUUUGGGUUUUUUAUGGCCCUUUGUUUUCCUCAGAUUUUAUUGUGGCAUUUGUUUACUUCUGCUUAUGAAUUAAAUUUUUCAGGGGAAUUUCAAAUUGGUGAUGAGAUAAGACCACUGGAUCCUCAAAGUGUAGCAAGUGUUGUUCAGUAUGGAAUAUAUAGAUCUGGCAGGAAUUAUCAAGCUACAGGAUAUUCCUUUGUUUACAAUCAACAAUAUCCUAAUGGACUCAAAAACUACACUUCUGGAAUUAUACACCGUGUUCUUGUCACAGGGUUGGAUCCUGAUACUCUGUAUGAAUAUCAAUGUGGAGAUCCUUCUAUACCAGCAAUGAGUGAUGUUCAUUAUUUUAGGACAUUGCGUUCCACGCCAGGGGACUAUCCAAGCAGAGUAGCAGUGGUUGGAGACUUGGGUCUUACUUAUAAUACAAGUACAACAAUUAGUCACAUGCUAGCCAACCAUCCUGAUCUUGCUUUGUUCGUUGGGGAUUUAAGUUUUGCCGACUUAUUUCUUACAAAUGGAACUUUGUCUGAUUGUUGCUCUUGUUCUCCUUUGGAAGAAACAUAUCAGCCUCGUUGGGACUAUUGGGGAAGGUUUAUGCAGAUUCUAACAGCUAGUGUUCCAACAAUGGUGAUAGAAGGGGAUCAUGAGAUUGAAAAACAGGCUGAUAAUCAGAUGUUCACUGCUUACACUACUCGAUUUGCAUUUCCAUCCGAUGAAAGUGGAUCCACUUUGUACUAUUCUUUUAAUGCUGGUGGAAUACAUUUUGUGAUGCUCGGUGCAUAUGUUGCCUAUGAUAAAUCAUCUGAUCAGUAUAAGUGGCUGGAAAACGACCUGAGUAAUGUCAACCGAAGUGUUACACCAUGGCUGAUAGCUGCUUGGCAUCCUCCCUGGUACAGUACGUACAAGGAACAUUAUAGAGAAGCAGAGUGUAUGAGAGUGGAAAUGGAAGGCUUACUAUAUGCGCAUGGCGUCGAUAUUGUUUUCAAUGGACACGUUAAUGCCUAUGAGAGAUCAAACCGAGUAUACAACUACACUCUGGAUCCGUGUGGUCCUGUUCAUAUCACGGUUGGCAGUGGUGGAAAUGAAAAGAACUUGACACUUGAGCAUGCUGAUGAACCUGGUAAUUGUCCAGAUCCUGUUUCCACCCCAGACAGAUUUAUGGGUGGCUUCUGCGCAUUCAAUUUUACAUCAGGUCCGGCGACUGGUAAUUUCUGCUGGAACGAACAGCCUGAAUAUAGCGCUUAUAGAGACAGUAGCUUUGGCUAUGGGGUUCUUGAGGUGAAAAAUCAGACUCAUGCCUUGUGGAUUUGGUACCGUAAUCAGGACUCCUACUGGGCAGGUGCGGAUGUAAUUUACAUUGUAAGGCAGCCAGAUCGUUGCCCCUGUUGACCCAAAGGUGCAAAAGUCCCAUAAUCAUUCAAGGAAAGAGCAGACAGUUGCAAAUUGUUCAGAAAAAGGCUUAGGGUGG